UGCUCUUCCCAUCAGUUGGACAUGACUUAGUGACUGUUGUUACAACAACAGCAUCUGCAGUUAGGUGGCUGUGUGGCUGUUCAUAGUCAGGUGUAGACUCCCAUGGUUUCCUGAAAUAAUUGAUGAGUAUCCCUCUCUCUCUCUCGGGCCAGGUAUUAUCAAAGCAGUUAUAGACAUUUAGGGAUGAGGUAAAAUCCAGAGUUAUUAAAAAUAACUUUUUUAAUCUAUUACAGUCAAGCUUGACUUUGUUUUACUGAAUUUGUCUUCUUGAUAUUUUGAUGUGCUGCGUGUUCUCUGAUGUUUUUCUGGUGAGGUUAGAAGGUUAGAAACUUCUCUUUGGAGAUUCUUGGAGAUUGAGGUCUUCUGGUGGCAUUCGGACCCUGGGCUGAGUUCUGGAAAUGCUCACCCGACCCUGGAAGAGUCACGUCCCCCGUAGAACCUCAGUUUACUCACUUAGGAAAUUGCUGAAAGGCAAGUUGUGGAAAUGUAUUAUAAACCAAGAAUGUUCUGCAUGAGAGCAAAAUGAAAAUGCCGUGAGUGUGGCUGUGUCACUAUAAAUUAAAGACCCAUAUCGGAUAGUACAGUAUUCUUAUUGCAUGAGGCGUGAUAGAAAGGUUGCAAUGAAAAUCCAGAUCUUGAGGUACUCCGGCCAUGUUGGUGUUUGUUUCACAUGUUACUCAUAGCUUGCCCGGGUAGAGAGGGAGUGGAGUGAAACGAGACAGGAGGGGAUCACAGGCAUUAAACAUUUAUGGGACAGGACUAUGGCUCCCUCAGUUAUGCCUGCUGGAAAUGUAGUUUGGGAAGUUGUGGGGCUUAGCAGUACAGAGGGGCAUCGGAUCUGGGGGUGUGGGGCGGGGCCAGCAGUGGGAGCUCGGGCCCUUCUCUGACCAUGAUGGCUGUGAGAGUGAGGCUCAGGAGAGCUGGCACGGGACCCCUGACCCGCCACCAGCACCGCCCCCCCCAGGACACACCCCUCACUGGGGCUCCUUCCCAGCUCAGACUUCAGAGAGCCAGGCCUUGAAGUUGGUUUUUGCUUCUUUACAUCUUUGUGUCUUUGUGUGCCUUUUCAAAACUUUGAUUAUAAUAAUGACCAGUCACAGGCCCUGCUGUUAUUCUUUCAUUUCCUGUUCUUCUUUAUGUCGGGAAAGUAAUGUGUACCUGCUAGUAGAGAGUGCUUUCUGUGAGUUGUUGAUGUUUUAUGGUUCCAUUAAGCAAUGUUCAAAAGAUUUUUUAAAAGAUUUUUUGGAGUUUUUGUUUUAGGUUUAGUGUUUCUCUUCCAGGAGCCACUUUCUGAUACUAGAAAUUGCUUUUUAAAGUAAGUGUGGUGUCAGAGGUUGCUGCAACCUCCCGGUGCCCUUGUGAAAGGGAGUGGGGACGAGGCCCGCGGGGGCGAGGGGAGACCUCAGUGCUCCUAGGAGGAUGGCUGAGCCAGCCUUCCCCAGGGGGCCACUGGCCGGUGGCCCAGGUGAGGCUCCAAGACCUUGACUCGGUGAGUCGCUUGGGACUCCUGAACUGGGCAUUUUAUGAAGAAAACAAAAGGAAUCAGUGAGGGUGCCCAAACAGUCUGCACACUGGUACCUAUGCGAAGCCAAGGCCUUCUCCACGCGCGAGGAGGUCGGGGUCCUGGGGGCGGGGGCUUUGCUUCCUGGACUGAGGCUUCGCUCUUGAUUCUUGGGUUGGAGACGGGCAGUUUGCGGGGAACCAGUACCUGACAAGUGGACAUCUUUUUUGUUGUUGUUGUUGAAAGAAAGCAUUGUGGACCUUUAGGCUUCAAAGUCAAACAGAUGUGAACUUUGAACUUGAGUCAUUUCUCAUCUGUGUGGAGACCAGGAUCUGACCGUACAGGACAGGCUGAGGAGUUUUAAUAGAAGUGCGCCGUGCACACACACACGCGGUAUUUUAUUCUGUUAUUCACGUUCUUUCUCUGAAGGGGUCUUGGUGGUGACUGACUUGGAGGAGCUUGAGAGUGUUGAGCUGAAAUGGUCGGAGCAGAGGUCCAUGUCUGUCUCCACUGGGGCUGGAAGUCCUUGGUGGGUGUUAUUGUUCAGUUGCAAGAUUGUGUCCAACUGUUUGCGACCCCAUGGACUGUAGCCCACCAGACUCCUCUGUCCAUGGGAUUCUCUAGGCCAGAAUACUGGAGUGGGUUGCCAUUCCCUCCUCCAGGGGAUCUUCCUGACCCAGGGAUUAAACCUGGGUCUCCUGCACUGCAGGCGGGUUCUUUACCCGCUGAGCCACGGGGGAAGCCCAGGAAGCCUUGGACCCAGGAGGGUGUCGGGGUUUCCAGCGCAGGGAGUCAGGAGGGUGCUCUGCCCCUCGGGCCGGCUCUGCCUUGCUUCAGCAGUGGCAUGCAAGGGCUUGGAAGUGCAGGCAUUUGCCUAGCGGUGGGGAUGGGACGCCUAUGUGGGCCAUUGUAGAAACAGCCCAGGAUUUCCAGAGUUAGACGUGAUCCCAAGUCAGGAGCCAGAGUCUGCUUCUGGGUGAGGAGUGCUGAGCUCUGAUGGAAGGAAUUCGGCGUGUCUCUUCAGUCCCUGUGUGUGCAGGUCUGAGCCUGGCCGAGAUGCUGGGAGGCCAAGCGUGGGGCUGGAGCUCAGGAUGGUGCGGCCGUCAGCUCCCUCUGGGGGACGUGGCCUUGGCCCCUGGCCCCAGCGGCCUGCUCGCUGUGAAACUGAUAAGACAUCAAUGCACGCUUUGUUCUCAAGCCCUGGACUGGGCAGUGGCCAGUGGGCAGCCCUGGUUCUGUCCAUCAGAGAAGCUGAAUUGGAUGUUGCUUGUGUGGCUGGGGACUCAGCCUGCGGGCCCUUCUCCCAGACAGUGCCAGGGCCAAGCCUUGUGUCAGAGUUCUUGUCCCGGGGGGCAUGGAUUUGGUCACUUUUCUUUUGGAACUAAAAAUCAGACCCGAGGAUAGAGUCCCGCCUCGGGUCCAGAACUGAUCGGGGCCUGGUGGAAACCCGCUGGACCUGCCGCUGGCCUCUGUUCUGGAAAAGCAUUUAGACACACGCUGCUCCUGGUGAUUUAAUAGGAAGGAAUGAAAGGUUCAGCGUUUGCCAGAUGGCAGGAGUGUUUAGGGUGUGAAUCACAGGUAGUUGAGGGGGAGAGAUUAUUUUCAAGGUGUGCGUCCCUGCAUCCCGUCUGGGCCGACAGGAGGGCAGGGGACCCUGGCGCCCAUCUCCCCUGUGUGUGGGCGGGGGUGGGGACCCCGGGGAGGCCAGGUGGCUGAGGGCGUCCUGGGCUUCACAGCAAGGUGCUCCCCUGGCACCCCCGCGGUCUGCAGGGUGGUCCGAGUCGGUGUCGGGUGGGUGGGCAUCCAUAGGGAGGGACCAGGUGGGGCCAGGCCUCCCUACACCGGGCCGGGCCACUGCCUGGACACGUGAUGAAAGGCUCCAGUCUCGGGGGACAGUGGCUUCGCCUGCGUCUGCCUGAUGUAUGCACACAUGUACGCAGCGCCCUUCCUGCUCUGCAUGAGGAGUUACUUGCAUUUCCCAUAAAUAAGGGUGCACUUAUGCUGCAGCGUGACCCCUCAGGCAGGGCCCACAGGCGGGCAGCAGGUGCCCGUGUAAGGAAGGCGGGGGCUUGGGUGUCAGCCCAGGGUUUCCCCGAAUUCCUUCUUCCCAAGGCGGGAUGCCGUGUCUGUCAGGGUGACUUUUGAGAGCUGGAAUUUACUUUAUGCAAGAAAUUGCUGGGCGUGUGGGUCCCGAGAGGAGGGGCGGGUGAGGGUGCGUCUCCGGCCUCCUCCCCGUCUCCCUGCUCCCCUCCUCCCAGACAUGGCCAAGUAAAGGCAGAAUUAACUUUGUCCUUGGUGAGUUCUGAAAGGAAGGGGUCGUGUGUCUAGAUGGUUCUGAGAGGAGGCUCUCCGGCUGGACUGCGUGGUCUUGGACACCCGUGUUUGUGCCUGGAGGCAGGUGGGCUUCAGGAGCUCAUAGAGGGGACGUUUGGGCUGCAAGUCUGGACUAUAUGUGGGGCAGGGCCCGCUGGGUCUGGGGCACCCCGUGUCCAGUCCCGUGCAGGCCCUGGUUUAGGGGAUUGAGGGGAGGUGAGCCGGACAAGGAAGGGUGGGGAGCAUCGCCCAGGGCCGCCCCGCCCUCGGUGUGUCUGAAAGCAGUCCCCGCCUCAGCUACGGAUAUGGGCUCUGACCCUCAUUUGGAGGCCCUGCUGAAUAGUCAAUGCAUUUCCACGCCUGCAAACCUGCAGAUGCCGGCCUGGGCGGAGCCGGAGCCGCACGGGUUGGUUCCUGUGGUCCUGCGUGUCACGGCCUGGGGCCUGUAGGGACCGUGUCUGGGGAGGCUCCGGUGACUCCCCGGGGAAGGAGCACACCGUGGGGUAGAGCUGUCACCCCCCCAUGUCAACAGGAUUGGCAGAGCUCUGUCCUGGAGCCUGUGCCCUGAGGGGCCGGGCAGACAUGGAGAUGGCGUCAGCGCUCCUGUGGGGGCCAGGGCCGCCAGCGGGGCUCCAUUUCCUGACUUUCGGCCAAACUUGUGUCCCUCCCACUUCCCCCCCUGCUGUCUGGCCCCUGUUCCUCAGCGGUGUCCCCAGCCUGGCAGUGUCCACCUCUCCUGUCCCUGCCUGCCUGUCUGGUUCCCUGGCUGUCACCAGCCCCGCCCAGGACGGGCUUCCCAAGGAAGGGGUAUGUCCCUUCCUGCUGGUGGAGCAGAGAGCAGGCGGGGAGGGGGAGGGGGAGACACAGAGACAGAGACGGGGCCAGGGACACAGAGAUGGGGCCAGAGACAUAGAGACACAGAGACGGGGCCAGAGACACAGAGACGGGGCCAGAGACACCGAGAUACAAGGACAGAGAGAGGGGGAGACGUGGAGAGAUACAGAGACACACAGCAGGGAGGGAGGACGGAGCUCAGUCUGCAGGGUGAGUGGAUUUGGACCUGGGAGUGUGCAGAGGAAGUUGGUUUGUAAGGAUUUGAGGCCAGGGCAGCAGAGCCAGGAGGCGCGGGUGUGGCCGGCAGGGUGUGGGCUGCGGUUCCGGUGAGGGCCCCUCCCACAAGUUCUCAGGGGUCGAUCCCCAGGGCGAAGAACCCUUUGGAAAAGACUGAACAUUUGCCAAUUGGCUGCUGUCUAACAGUCUUUGCCGCAUGGAAUAAGUUGCUUCUAUUCACUCUUUUUUCUUUUUUGGGGGGGGGGGUGAGUGGACUCAGGCCCCAUGGAUGGCCUCAGUCUGAUGUGAGCAGAGAAACAGGUGACCCAGGACACACCGCAGCGGGGCCUUGUGGGUGCUUGGCACCCCGUGCCCUCCGAGGUCAGAUUCGAUGGUCACCAAGUAGAUGUACCCCGGCAGCUGCAUUCCCAGCCUGGCUUAUGGGAAGAGCUGCUUUUCCUUCUUUCCCCUUCCUCUCUCCACUCUCCUUCCUUCCUUCAUUCUUGUUUCUGUGAGCAUCACGUUUACUUAAAAAUCUAUGAAACCAUUCAGUGAAAAGGCUUUGUGUUUGGUUUGCUGUGGAGUUUGACUUAACUUAGAGUUAAGUUCAUGGAGCCUUCCCAACAAGACAUGUGAGCUUUUCAUUCUUCCCUCCUGGAUUUCCGCGUGGAGGUAGAUAGAGCCUUUCUCCCGUGAGCUCACUGGGAAGUUUGUGGUUUUAGACAGAGAAGGGCCCAGCGGCCGUGAGCCAUCUGGGUUCCGUGUCCCAGAGUCCCCAGGCCCUGUCCCCGGGCUUGAGGUGCACUGGCUCCCACUCACGGCUGAUGUCCAGCGCUUGUGAGGGACCCUGGGUCCCCCGACAGUCUGCAGCACAGUCUGCGGUGGGUGGACUCUGGGGGGUCCGAGCUGGGUGGGUCAGGCACAGGCUCGGCCUGUAAUCUGUGCCCCACCUCGUGUGACUGGGCAGCACCGAUGCCCGGGGGUGAGUGCCGUCUGCCUCCAGCCCCGCGGCCGCUGACGGGGGCGUCCCUUCAUCUCGGUUCACAGCGGGGACGCCGGGGCCCCGGGCCAGAGGGGAGCCCCGAACAGGGUCUCCCCAGACAGGCUUCGCGUCCUGGCUCUGGCCCCAGGAACUUGUGCUGUUUCUCUGCAGGGAUGACCUUGGUGGCGACUGCAUCCCCUUCCUCACUCUCUGGACCCCGAGUCCCCGGGGGAAAUACCCGCGGGAGAGGCAGCAGGUCCCAGACCCUCGGGGCGUCCACGGUGCUCUCCCUGCAGAUCUGCAGAGACGGCCCAGCUGCUGGAAACCUCGCUGGAGCAAAGACUCAGGCUAUUUCCAUGAAAUGUGAGGAAAAAAAUCUAGUGACGGGGCACUUCCAUAGCUGCCCAGGCUCUGGAGCAGAGUCCUGGCCACACCUCGGGCCCACCCCAUGCGCUGCCCGUCUCUCCAGGUGGCCACUUAGGCCGCACGUGCCGUCUUUUGUUGGAAACCACAGCCCUAAACUGGAGAAGGACAGUAAUAAUCCCCAGGGCCUGGCAGCCCAGACCGGUAUUACCUCCUGCCGUUCGUCCGCUGGGGCUUGGGGGACUUGUGAGAAAGUCAGGCUUGUCCUCCAUUUCUGGGUUGGUUGUGGGCCAAGCGGGCUCCACGCUGUCCCUGAAAACACUGUCUACAAACCCAGCGGGCAGCCAGGAGGCAGCAGGCACCGGCCGGAGGCAGCAGGGCGGCCAGAGAAGGUGGGAGGAGACCCGGCUCUCGCCCGCCCAGCGUCGGGGAGCGAGCUUCCUGGGGCAGUGCCUGCAUGGAGCGGAGCAGGGAACACGGGCACCCAGGCCCCCAAACCCAGAAGCAGGCCCUGUGUGCGGGCAUUUCCUGAACAGUCUCCUUCUCAGGAAGGUGCUUGCCCGCCGAUGCUGGUUUUGGAGGUAAACAGCCCCUGAGUAUCAUGAUCUUCUGAAAUCCAUACACGUCACACACACAGACCAGGGCACCGGGGCUGGUCCCAGUGCCAGCUCUGCCCCGGGGACGAGCCCUGGGCAUCCUCUCGUCUGCAGCAGGAAGACUAGGAUGGCUACGCGGUGCAUCUCGGCGUCCUGGGAGCUCAGCAGGUGAGCGGUGGUUGUUCAGUAGGAUCAGGCUCCAGAGUAAGAGAAACACUGGCAUGUUCUUUUGUUUUGUCCCGUGUUAGGAAUGGAAAAAGAGAAGUAACUUUGGCUCUCUCUUAUGCAUUGUAAGUAGGACAAAUAGCAUUAAUGAGGUUUGUACAGUGUGGUUUAAGAUGAGUAAGUGAUGAGAUAGAGAAACCCGAAGAAUCUGUAACACUUGGAAAACCCCAAGGUCUGGUGCGCCUGUGCGUCUGGCUUCUCUGGGUGAGCCUGGCCGUGGGCCAGUGGUGUCUGCUUGAUGGACGAUGGGGCUAGGGUCCCACAGAGGGGUGUGUGGGGGCUGCUCUGCCCUGAUGCCAGCCCCAGGGCCCUGGGUGGGUCCUCAGACUGCCCUGGACUCGGCUGCUUUGCACUGGGAGAGUGAGGCAGUGUCUCCACCCCAACCUAUGGUGAAGGUGUGAAGUGAUACGGCAGCCCCUAUCACCCCGGGAGCCCUGAGAACAUCAGGUUCUUCUUUCCUCGAUUCCUUCCAGGCAUUUUAAAAUUUCUUCUUGGGAGAUGAUACAUCAGCAGACAUCACCCCCUUCUGUGUUCUCCUGACUGCGAGUCCUCCUGGCCUUCCUCCUGUUCCCUCCUUGCAGCUUCCUGGGCCUCUGUGUGCAUGUAUGUGUGUGUGCAUGCACACACUUCUGUGUGCACGUGUGCACGCACACGAGUAUGUAAUGUGUACACACACCUCUUUGGGCAUAUGUGUGAUCACACACAUGUAUGUUCACA